CAACUGGAUUUGCCUUAGCUAUCCCAUUGGUGUGCCAUGAACGGGAUAGCUCUGUGUGAGUUUGUGUGUUUGUGACUGUGCAUGAGGUUUUGCUCUUCAAACUUUCGGACAUGCUUUGUGGCUCAACAUUGCGUCCAAGGCAAAUUCCCUUAUUUAUUGUUUUAUUGUGUGUCCUAAACUGACCUCAUGACAAUGGAUGGUCAUGUCACCACUAGGCCUGACCUUGUUCAUAACCUUUACAAUCCAUUUCAGGGUUCAGAGACCACAUUUUAGCCUUCCUUCCAACAUAUAAUAUUUUGUGUCAAAUUCAAAACAAAACAAAAACAUAGCUAGUUGUUCAACAUCCUUGCGUGUGGUGCGCUUCUUCUAUCCAAGCAUGAGUCUCUGAUGAAGUUAUGGAGUCAGGUUUUGCGGUGUAGUGAGUUGUAUUUGAUGCCCUUCGCAGCAUUAACACACUUGGUUGCGUUGAGUUUCCGCAUGGCUUUUGAGCAUGAGUCAUUUCAAGGUGUUACAUGCUGAUUCAGUGGUGUGAUGCCAGGCCCAUUCACACUACCGGCCAACCCCCAACUAUAAAGAAGGCCAGCAACUUUUUAUUAUCGAUCUUUAUGAGACAGAUGUUUCAAAAGUAAAUACUCCAAAUCUGCAUAAGUCAUCUCUUCAUGUUUGUCUGUGUCAGGUCAGCAAUGAUGUUGGGUAUCUCUGCGUUGACUCAGGUCACCAUCAGAACCUCAGUGGGUUUAUGUUGGACAAUGACAAAGUGCAAAGUUUUCAAAAAGCCAUUUCCAUUGCACCACUAAAUCCAUGUAAACCUGUGUGGCCGGAUGGAUUUGAAUUGUUCACACGAGAGAAACCCAGGCCUGAAGGGAACCUUCCCCUCCUCCCUUUCUUCUUGUCCUCUGGUCUCCUUUGACUUUAGUUUGCGGCAAGUGGUCACUACCAACCUCAGGAAUGGCACUACUCCCAUGUCCACAAUGCCAUUUUGGGCCCAUUCGGGGAGCUGAUGACUGAAGAAGACCUCAACCGCAUUGAGAAGCAAAUAGAAAACCUGCAAGUGAUGCACAAAGUUUCCGAAGUGGAGAAGGAACUGGAGCAACUUGAGCAAGAGCUUCACCAGCUUCUGCCGGUUUCGGCCGCCCUCUCUCAGGGGCAUUUCUCUGUGAAUCCAAAGCAGGUUCAUGGCAAGGCGGAGGAUCUUCCUGCCUGGUGCAGUAAGAUCUCCACUCUGCUCAAGAGUAUGGCGAUUCUUCUCGCCACUCUUGGAGGUAAACAGAUUGACAUUCUGGAUCUUAUAUCUUCGGCAUAUCCUCAAGCAGAAAUCUCAACUGGUGGAUUGCCUCAGUCUGAUCCAGGGGGGUCUGUGAGCAAUGGCUUCAUUGGCAGGUCCCAGUCCUUCUCAACAAGGGAGGAAGUGGAGAAGGAGAUAAAGCAGUGUGGCGUUUCAGUCAAGAACCUCAAAGCUAAUUAUGAAAUCCAGAAUCACUCAUCAGAAAAGAAGCCAAGCAAAGUGUACAAACGUACCAGGUCCCUCCCUGUUGUAAGCGAGUCUGAGAGUCCUCCUGGAUCUGUUGGUGAGGAGCAGAAUCCCUGUUCCUCGGCUGACCCCAUUCUUGCCCUUGCUAAUGGAGACACAGCAUCAGCCGAGGGUGCCACGUUAAAGCUUGUUGAGGAGCCAGUCAUUGUUGCGUCUCAAGCUCCUAUGACGUACACACAAACUGAGAUAAUGCCUCCAUCAAACAUCCAAGAGUUCAACCAGGUUCUCUCAACUGACCCGAUUUUAAAUAAUGACCAGCUAACACGAAGUUUGGAAGUGCAGACUGAUCUUAGCUACGUCCAGGAGUGCAUUGAGAUGAGGAAAGAGAGGAUUGUCUUCCUGUUCCUCGAGCACUGGCGGAAGUAUACCAUCUCCGAAUCCUAUCGGACUAAGUACGCCAGUCGGAGAGGAAGUCAUCUGGACAUAGGCUGGGCGGAGUAUGACCACUUUAGCGGUCAAGUGGGUGUGGAGAUGCAGAGCGAAGAUGACAAACUCCUGCACUUCAUGAAGUCAAAGCAGGUGGUGGGGAAUCUCAUUGGCCACUGGAGGACGAUCAUGAGUCAGGUGCCCACGCGACAGAUUCGAAGGUUGAGUCGUGCACAGAUGAUCUACUGGCCGGAGCAUUUCCUCCCGCACAUCAACGGAUCUCCAGUGAACUAUGAAAGCCUGACACUGGACCUCUUCAUGCUGGGCUACUUUCAGCUGCUGGAAAUGAGCAUGUCCCGAACCGAGCGCAAGUUUCGACACUUGUUGUGUUACGAGAUGUUCGACCGUCUUGGGAGACACAAGUGGGAGGUGAUCCGGCAGUUUCACAAGGAGGUAAUGGAGGACAUUGAGAGAGGGAAAAGAGACUGGGCGGACGGGUUUGAAGACAUCAAGUUGAAGUAUUUUGGGGAUUCAGAUGAGGGAGAAGGUGUGAUGACAGCGUCUCUGCGCUCCGUGGACACGCCCAUUAUCCCACCUGAGACACACCCACCUCCACCGCCGUCUCAUCCACCUCCGCCUCCUCCCACCCAGCCCAUGACUGAACUCUCCUCACAAGAGCCACAGAUGGACACUCCUCAACCAACUCCUCCAGCUGGAGGCCAUAAUGGUGUUUCUGAACAUCCCCCCCUUGUGGAGGAGAAGGUUCUGAACGAGUCAUGUCAACAAGCUGAAGUCCCCAACGGAGCCAGUUCAGAUCCCACUGAAUCAACAUUGAGACCAACACCUGUGCAAAAGGAGAAGGUGGUUAAAAAUGUUCCUCAUGUGAGGUUCAUGGAUGAGCCUCAAGUUGGACUCAGAGAGGAUCCUAAUGAAGACUCCAUCAAGGUGAUCUAUGAGCUGAAAGAGUUCAGUAAUGAGGAGAUCAUAAGAUACAUCGACAGGAGCUUCGCCUUCUGGAAAGAAAAGGAAGCAGAGCUUUUCGACAUCUAACUGAGGUUUUUAAUGGACUGGACUGUUUCGGAUGUAAUGGAAAACGCAUGUAGAUCAAGGAACCUGCACAGAGAAGAAGAAACUAAUCUGGUGCACCUUUUAGACCAUGUCACAUGUGGGACUUAAGUGCAGAGCAUCCACUUAUCUGGACCAACCCUGCUGAGUGGAUGAUACAGAAGCUGAAAAGAACUAAUUGUCAUUGAAUUAAUGCCAUAUUUAAUCGAUGAAAAAGUUAUUUCGCCAUUGACCUUUGGUAGUCUGUUCUGAUCCAUGCGUUGGAAGUUGGUCACAAGGUCACGUCUGUUGUUCCCCCACCUUUUUACAUGUUGAAGAAUUCAACUGGAUGGGUUUGUCCGCAGGAGUGUGCUUAAAUGGAAAACGUCUUUAAGAGCUUUGUUCGGGUUUAAGUUUUCUAAGUAGUUCACAAACAGUUUUGAGACUCUGGCCUCAUUGUAACAAACAGAUUAGCGUGUGCUAAAUAGGAGAAAUAAACCGCACCAUUUCAUUCUUACAGGAGUGUUUGUUUUUAAAAAAAAUGUUGCAGUACUUGUGUUAACUUCUUUCUACGUAUCUAUCUUGGAAAUAAAGUUUGUGGAACUUUUUCUGAUGACAUUUACCAUUUUUAUUGCAGUGCAACGCGUCUGAGGGUGCGCAGUCAAACACUGAGCUCUUAAACCCUCUGCUCUUUUACAAGCCAGCGGGGACACACACUAGUGUCAUAGUGUCUUCAGCAGCGCUCCAGAUUACCUGCAAAUAAACCUUUAAGCACCCCCUGCUGACAUGCUAACUGUGGCUUAUGGGAGUCGUAAGGAGGUUACAGAGACUAUAACUGACUCAGGCCAAGAUUCAGCUUGUCUCAAAUCAGAACAUUUUAAGGCAAAAAAAAAGGUGGAAAAUAAACAGGCUUGUGUAAUAAGGUGUUUCUGCUGACAGCUGUUAUAUUUAUAAUCUAUAUUUAGGAAUAAAUAAAGAUAAAUCAAAUCAAAAUAAAAGUUAAAUAUAUAAAUAUAUGCCUCUGGUCAGCUCUGGUCAACGAAAAAUAUUCAUCACAAUCCUGAAUAUAAAACCAGUUUGUAUCACAAAUUGUCAGCUACCAUGUUGUCAUGAUUUCAAGCUUUUCCGAGUCAUGUCACCGCCUCCAUUUCAAUUCCCAGGGGAUUCAUGAAUUAGAUAUUGUGGAGAUGAUCUUACUGAGAUAAAUGUUUCCCAGUUGAGAGAGUGUAAUGGAUCUUGUUGAGUCCAAGAUGGAUGUCCUGGCUAACUCCGAUUACCGCAUGAGAAAAGAGUGGAUCCAGUUACUGUUUGUGCACGCUGACACGGACAUCGACCAAUAAAACAGUGUCCUGUUCAUUCAGAAAUGCUCUUCUUUUUUUGUUUGUAAAGAGCAGUGAAAGGAUAUUGUGGCUUGUGUUUGCUGUUUUAAGUACAUAUAUCAGAUCAUCAAUGCAGCCUCUCGUGAUGCCUCAGUGUGACCGCUUGUCAUAAAGAAAUGACAUGAGAGAAUUUGUUUGGACAGGACUAAUGCUUCAUUACACCUUUUCUUCUCCCUGCUCCAUUUACCCAACAUGAAUGUAGAGGAUGUCGUCAUCUCUAGUUUCCAUCAGCACGCUUAUUUAUUGAUGUUUGGUUGUCAAGUGGAUGUGGCAGAGCUUUUGUUUCUCUGGAGUGAGAGCCACUUCCUCUCCUAUUCUCCUCUCCUAUCAAAAUAAAACAUCAUCCAAACACAGGAUAUGCAGCACCAAGAACAUACAGGAGAAUACCUUAGAAUAAUUUCAGCUUUAACUCGGGAUGUAACCGGUAAAAAUGGGUUGACGCCGUGAAGCCCACAUCAGAUGUGAUACUUCUCAUUGACUUAAAAGCCCGAACUCAUAAAGGUUCCGUGCCGGGCGGUCUCUCCUGCUGGGGUCCAGUCAUGACGUCCCUUCUCACGAAUGAGUGGAUGAGCAGCAUCAGACCCAGUAAAGCUGGGAGCUACUUCUACAUCCUAAACAUUGACACAAACCGCACCACAGGCAUUUCAAAUGCAGACACCUGCACCCUGGAUGCGCUUACAUUUGAUGGUGUUAUUCUUAAUUUUAUAAUUUAUUUGCAAAACUACCCUUAUUCAUUUUUUAAAUGACUGUGCUUCAUUUGACGGAACACUUAUUCAUUGUUUUGUUUACAAAAUAGAACACUGCUAGACUGUUUAUUUCAGUACAUUUAAGUACAUCUCUGAACAUACAAGCACACCAUGAUAAUUUUAGCCACGAUUUGCUUGACAUGAAACUAACAUUACUUCACUUGGAUCAUGACUGAAAUAUACCAUGGCACACGACUCAUAAUAGAGUAUACUACACUUAUAUUAUUGUGUGCAAUGCUUAGGUUUGAAAUUAAUUUACGGAUCCCUGUUAAACACUGGCUCUCGUGUAAUAAAUACAGUGAUUGGUUUUAAUGUAGAAAUGUGUUGCACAAUUAGAGCAGAAAGCUGUCAAAUAUUACUGACAAGUUUGGUCCACUAUCUCUGUCUCUUCCUUUCUUAUCCGUCCUC